AUGAACUUUUCUACUUUGUUAAAACCUUCGAGUCAAGUUCGGCUCAGCCUCAAGACUAUAACUUGCUUUCGUCGCUAUUUGGGAACUCAACAAAGUACCGAAAGCUCUGUUCUUGAGUCACGAAAGCACAGAGAUAUUAAAGGCUUGUAUGAGUUUUUUUUAGAUGGAAAGAAGGCAUUAGCGAGUAUUGACGAGUUACAAGUUGGGCGCUCAUGGCGAGCAGCUGAACUUCGCAAAAAAAAAUUUGAUGAUUUACACAAAUUAUGGUAUAUUUCACUCAAGGAACGAAAUAUGUUGGCUACCAUGAAACAAGAAGCUAAAAGAUUCAACAAGUAUGAAGGUCCUUGGGCAGAAGCUCACAAAAAAAGAAAUUUUAAGUGCGUAAAAGCCAUGGCGAGAAUCAAAUUUGUUUUAAAUGAACGUCGGGUAUGCUAUGAAUAUGUAAAAAGAACCGAUCCAGUAUAUUUUGGAUAUAGGGCCAAACUAGAGUAUGAAGAAAAACUCAAAAAAGAAUAUGGUACUGAUGAUAUAACCGAAGCGAAAGAGAAGGCGAAAGAAACAGAGAGAAAAUUCACUGAUAAAGUUUUAAGCCAAAUUCGUGUGAAAAAACCUCGCCAAAGAAAUGAUGUGUUUGGUAUGAAAAAUCCUCGCAAGAAAGAUGAAGUGCUUGAUAUGAAAGAUGAAGUGUUUGGUAUGAAAGAGAGGAAAAAAAUAAAAGUGAAAAAAGGAUUUCCUGGUGCCUCAAAGGACAAGAAAAAGUUUCACAAAAAAUAUUAG